CAGAAAACCCAUCUUUUGUAUUGCAAAAAAAACCAAAGAACAGCUGCAAGGAAAAACAAGAGAUGGAAAGUACCAACAAAGACGAACCAGAAAUCUCCAAACUAGAUUUCAAUGAUUCCGACAUCGAAUACAUCAGUUACGGCGGCGAACACCACCUCCCUCUUAUCAUGAACCUCGUCGACGAAGAACUCAGCGAACCUUACUCCAUCUUCACUUAUCGUUACUUCGUCUAUCUAUGGCCUCAUCUUUCUUUCCUGGCAUUUCAUAAGGGUAGAUGUGUGGGUACGGUGGUGUGUAAAAUGGGGGAGCAUCGGAACACUUUUAGAGGAUACAUUGCUAUGCUUGUUGUUAUCAAACCCUACAGAGGAAGAGGCAUUGCUACAGAACUUGUUACUAGGUCUAUCAAGGUGAUGAUGGAAUCUGGCUGUGAUGAGGUUACAUUGGAAGCAGAGGUCACAAAUAAAGGAGCACUUGCACUCUACGGUCGUCUUGGCUUUAUUAGAGCUAAACGUCUCUUUCACUACUAUUUGAAUGGAGUCGAUGCUUUCCGUCUCAAACUUUUAUUUCCUCGUCCAGAGUUGCACACACAAUACGGGAGCCACAUGCAUAGUGAUCACAGGGAUUCACAAAUUCUUGAAUGAUUGAUUCCAUACAUUGUUUUAUAAACUGAUGCUAUGUUAUGGUGCAUCAGUUUUUUUGGGUCUAGUUUUGGUAGGUUAUGUACAUUUUUGUUAUUUGCAUUUCACUUUUCUUUAACAUUGGAUGUUGUAAAAUAUCAGAAAUUGUAAAACAAUUCUCUUUCAAAUCACAAGUGAUGUGAAACCUAAUGAUGAUAAAUUUUUUGCA